AGACUUAAUAUUUUUAUCCAUAAAGAGUUUUGUAGCUUAUCACAAGUUCACAACAGAGAGAGAGAGAGAGAGAGAGAGAGAGAGAGAGAGAGAGAGCUUAGUCUUCUACAAUGGCAGCUUCUUUGUCAAAUGUUGCAUCGGUUGCAGGAUGUGUGAGCUUAUCUAACAUCAGAGCUUUGGCUCCUCCUUGCAACUCCACCGCAGUUGCAGCAUUUCCGGGUGGUUCUCCCACCAAAACUGCGUCGUUGUCUUCUUCUUCCAGCUUCUUGUCCUGGUCGCUAAGGUUGUCUCCUCUGACAUUGAGCCCCGGCUCGCAGAGAAGGACUAUCAACUCGGUCCGGGCCAGCGCUGAGGAACCGGCAUUGCAAGGGAAAGUGACCAACAAGGUGUAUUUUGAUAUUAGUAUUGGGAAUCCGGUGGGGAAGCUCGCCGGGAGAAUUGUGAUUGGGUUGUUUGGUGAUGAUGUGCCCCAAACUGUGGAGAAUUUCCGUUCCCUUUGCACAGGUGAGAAAGGCUUUGGUUACAAGGGUUCUGCGUUCCACCGUGUGAUCAAGGAUUUCAUGAUUCAAGGAGGGGACUUUGAUAAAGGCAAUGGUACUGGAGGCAAAAGCAUUUAUGGACGAACAUUUAAAGAUGAAAACUUUAACUUGCUCCAUACUGGACCAGGAGUUCUUAGCAUGGCCAAUGCAGGCCCCAAUACCAAUGGAAGUCAGUUCUUCAUAUGCACGGUGCAGACGCCGUGGCUGAAUGGGAGGCAUGUUGUGUUUGGACAAGUUUUGGAAGGCAUGGAAAUAGUUAGGCUGAUUGAGUCACUGGACACAGAUAGAGGUGACCGUCCUACAAAGAAGGUAGUUAUUGCUGAAUGCGGAGAGCUUCCAGUAGCCUGAUGUGGUAAUGACCAGUUUUAGAUAAUUGUUCUUCCCUUUUCUGCAUCUUUUUGGUCUUAUGUACUAUCCAGUAUCUACCCAGUUAGAGGCUUUUGUUUUGGGACGCCAACUUUUUCUUUUUAUCUGUACUGUAUUCCUGAUAAGAGUUUUGAGACCUGGGAGUUGUAGCUGAAUAGAAAAACUUGUUUACGGUAUGAAUGAUGAGGGAUUGCUGUUCUUGAA